CAACUGGUCUUUCCCCUCUCUCUCUCUCUCUCCCUCCUCUCACUCACUUCUCUCUCUCACUUCUCUGUAUAAAUACGAACACCAACCUUCCAAACUUUCCAAACCCUAAAACCCAAAAAAAAAAAAAACAAGCUCCCCUUCAUUUCUCUCUUGCUUCUCUCUCUUCAGAAUUAAGAAACGUAAAACGACAUUAGAGUUACUGUCGUGCAUAGAGCCAUGCCUCGCUCCCAGAGAUUUCUCACCACAGCAACCUCAACGACGAAGUACGCCGCCGCUCCGCCUCCUGAGGCCGUGACCUUGGAAUCCGACUUUGUUGUUAUCCUGGCGGCUCUUUUAUGCGCAGUCAUAUGCGUCGUGGGCCUGCUCGCCGUGGCGCGCUGCGCCUGGCUGCGACGCGCGCCAGGCGGGGGCCGGGCCGGUGAACCGGGCUCCGCACAGGCCUCUUCUGCCAACAAGGGGCUGAAAAAGAAGGUCCUGCAGCAGCUCCCCAAGUUCAUCUACGGCGACGGCGGACCGUCGGCGCCGCCGCCGAAGAUGGGGUCGGAGUGCGCCAUAUGCCUCGGCGAGUUCGCGGAGGGCGACGAGAUCAGGGUUCUGCCGCACUGCGGGCAUGUUUUCCACGUCGGAUGCAUCGACACGUGGCUCGGGUCCCACUCGUCGUGUCCGUCGUGUCGGCAGAUCCUGGUGGUGGCGCGGUGUCACAAGUGCGGCAACUUCCCCGCCAUUUCUGACGCCGAGCUCAAAAUUCGGCAAGAUCAUAUUUACCAUUCUGCCCCUCCGCCACUCGCCUUGGCCGCCGCCGCCGCUCAUUCUGCUUCCGCCGCCGCCACAACAACUAGUUGUAGCAGCAGCAGUAAUAGUAAUAGUAAGAGUAAUAUUUUCUUACCCUAAGAAUUCCCCAAAUCUAAACCCAACCAACCCACUUACUUCUUUCUUCUUCCUCAUAUCAAUCUGUACUUGCUGUGGCUCAUCAAUCUGUGUAUAGAGAAUCCAUCAAUGGAAAUUUGUGUUUAUUUUACUGAUUU